AUGCUGAACUCCUCCUCAAUGUCUGAGUUCCUGCUCUUGGCGUUUUCAGAGAUUCAUGAACUUCAGAUCCUACUCUCUGUUGUGCUCCUGGUAUUGUACUUAGCAACUGUAACUGGCAAUCUCCUCAUCAUCACUGCAGUAGCUCUUGACCAUCACCUGCAUACCCCCAUGCACUUCUUUCUGAUGAACUUGGCUAUGCAAGACCUUGGUCAAAUUUCAGUCAUCAUACCCAAAUCCAUAGCCAAUUCCCUCAUGAAUACCAGACACAUUUCUUAUUCUGGAUGUGUCAUGCAAGUUUUCUUAUUUCUCUCUUUUUUAGCAUCUGAUAUCUCCCUUCUCACAGUCAUGGCAUAUGAUCGAUAUGUUGCCAUUUGCAAACCAUUACAUUAUGAUGUCGUGAUGAACAGGAGAGCCUGUGUCAAAAUGGUUGCUAGUGCAUGGAUCAGUGGACUUCUCUAUGGAAUGUUACACGCUAGUGGCACCUUUGCAGCUCCCUUCUGCUCUAAUGUUGUCAAUCAGUUCUUUUGUGAAAUCCCACAGUUACUUAAGCUUGUCUGCUCUGACUUAUACCAAAUUGAAAUUGGAGCUGUUGUGAUAAGUAUUGGCAUUGUAUUUGGAUGCUUUAUCUUUAUUAUUGCAACUUAUGUGCGCAUCUUUCUUGUGGUUCUGAGAAUCCCUUCUGUGGAGGGAAGGCAAAAAGCCUUCUCUACUUGCCUUCCCCACCUCAUUGUCUUCUCCACAUUAGUUCUUACUGGGAGCUUUGCUUAUCUGAGGCCCACUUCUAACACCACAUCAUAUCUGGAUUUAGUAUUUACUGUGAUCUAUUCCGUCUUCCCACCUAUGUUGAAUCCAGUAAUCUACAGCAUGAGAAACAAGGAGAUCAAGCUUGCCUUAACAAAAUUAUUAGGCUUGAGUAGCUUUAUGCAGGUGAUCUGGCAGGGAAUGCAAAGAAAUGGGGUCACCAUGAAGAAAACCCUCUUCCUCGUGCCCACUAUUUUGACUAAAUGUAGUGAUUUCAACAAAUAG